CCCACCUUCUUCCGGUGUCUGCGGGCGAGGCAUGCCGGGAGUUGUAGUCUCGGCGCUCCUCUGCAUUUGUUCCUCUCCUGGCCGACACGUCGGGACCGCACGGAGCGGGCGAUCAGGUGGUGUUAAAGUUUUAAAAGAUUUAGUAGUGAGAUCGAUCCUACUCAUCUCGGAUCUUCAAAGAUGAAUCAUAGCAAGAAGUCUGACUUAUUCCUGUCCAGAUGGGUUUACAUGAAAGGAGCAACACAUCGGUAACAUCGCACACCAGAUUAAAUCUUGGUCACCCCUUCAUUUGGAAAUCUUAAAGUUACAGUACUUGGACAUCUAUUCACUUUGGCUUUUUACCCUCCCCCUCCCCCAAGCACAGUGUCUACUCUUCAUCAAAAAGCUAAAAAUGACUUCAGAGCUCGAGAGCAGCCUCACCUCUAUGGACUGGCUUCCCCAGCUGACCGUGAGGGCUGCCAUUCAGAAUUCUGACUCCGCCCAGGGCAAUCAUGGAUCCGGCAUCACCAAGAAGAGCGCGCUCAUCGACCCCAACACCACACUGGACCAGGAGGAAGUACAGCAGCACAAAGACGGGAAGCCACCCUACAGCUACGCCAGCCUUAUCACGUUUGCAAUCAACAGCUCGCCAAAAAAGAAAAUGACUCUUAGUGAGAUUUACCAAUGGAUAUGUGACAAUUUUCCUUAUUACAAGGAGGCAGGCAGCGGCUGGAAGAAUUCUAUACGACACAACCUGUCAUUGAAUAAGUGCUUUCUGAAAGUGCCUCGCUCCAAGGACGACCCCGGAAAGGGUUCCUAUUGGGCAAUAGACACAAAUCCAAAGGAGGAUGCGCUACCAGCUCGGCCAAAGAAGAGGCCGCGAUCUGGAGAGCGGGCCUCAACACCUUACAGCAUCGAUUCAGAUUCCUUGGGAAUGGAUUGUAUAAUCUCUGGAAGUGCCUCUCCGAACAUGGCUAUUAACACUGUGACAAACAAAGUAAGUCUCCCUGUAUGUGUGGGAUUGCAAAACCCAAGUCUGUAGACGCAGGCUCCUAAAUCUGCGAAAACAGCUAUGUAGUACAACAGUCUGCCCAACCAGACUCGCCUUGCAUAGCUUAGAUGUAAUCUAAAGGAAAUUGUAAAAUGUAAAUAGUAACCUUGUAUACACCUCUUUACAGUCUAAGAGGCAUUUUUAUAAAGCAAUGAAUCUGACACUCUCCAAUCAUCCACUGCAGGCAAAUC